GUUUGGCCCAGCACAGGAAAACUUGGCGGUCAGGCUGCGGCUGUGCUCAGUCAUUUGCAGCUGGCGCAUUCUUCAUGAGUUCUGCUGGCAUGUUCUCAGACAAGUUCGCUGUUCCACCGCCCUCAGGCUCAGGGCCAUGUGCAUUUUGUCCCUUGUUGCUCCUUUCCGGUGGAGCUACGAGAAUUGCAACUUAUUAGGAAGAGGGACACCUUCCUAAGUUUGAUGAGCACAAGCAGCGCGGUCGAUGGAACGUCUUUGGAGCUCUGACACGGCAUCGCAAGAGAGUACAGAAAGUCACGAAGGGAGUGGAAGCUUUCAGAUUGUCAGCAUGGAUGACUCCCAGCUGGGGUUAGAAGCCAACCCUGAGAUAAUGAGCCUGUUGCAUAUUGCAAGGCAGGGAGAUACCUGGCAGUUACUGCCAAUCAACAAAGAACUGUCGUUCGACCAUGGUUUUCUCGUCACGGUGAAGGCCAUUCAGCUGCUGAGAGACAAAAAGAGGGGGGUAGUUCUCGUUGGACUGGGGGGGCCUAGUGGCGCUGGCAAGACAAGCCUGGCGGAAAAGCUGACGUCGGUGCUCAAAGGGACGGUUAUCCACCUGGAGAACUACUUGACGGGGGGUGAUGCCGACGACUAUGAUGGCCUGGACAUGGUGACACUCCUCGACAACCUCAGGGACAUUACCAGCGGCAGGGACACCCAGCUCCCUAUCUACAACCUGGAGCAGAAAGCGCGCACCGGGUUCACACAGUUCGAGGCGUCAGAAAGCAAGGUGGUGAUCGUCGAGGGCACUUACGCGCUGCGGGCUGAGAUACGGCCGUUUCUGGACAUUCGGGUGGGGAUGGUGGGCGGCAUGCACUUCAACCUGCUGCAGCGCAUCCAGCACGACACCGCGCAGAAGGGGCAGCAGCUGUCCACGGACGAAGUGCUGGACGCGCUCUUCCCCAACUUCAAAGCGCACAUCGAACCGGACCUCAACCAGGCGCAGAUCAAAAUCAAGAACGAGCUGGAAGCGAUGGCGACGCUGCGCAAGCCGCUGUACGUGGUGAAGAGCACUACGCCAGUUUCGCGAGAGGCAGUCGAAGCGCUGCUCGACGCUCGGCGUACCGUGCACAGAGAGGAUAAGUACUUGGAUCUAUAUUUGUUCCAGCCGCAGUCUGGCAGGACCCCUCAGAACCAGAUCAGGGUCAGAAUUGUCAACUCGGCUCGCUACCUGAUCAACGACUCGGCCAGUCGCAUCGUCAUGGACGACAACGUCAUCCUCUCCAAUCGGAACGAGUUUGAGAUCGACCCGCGCACCUUCGGCCGGCUGCUCUCUCCCCCUCUCGGUUACGAGGUCGACGUGUCCUUCCGGCGGGAGUCGCAGAUCUGCACGGACGGCCAGCUAACAGUGUCCCUCGACAAGCUGGAAAUGGAAAUGGACGUGCACAGCGAGUUCGUCCAGGUCAAGAGCACCGACCGCCACGUUAUGCAAGCUGCGGCGGCCAGGCUGGGGCUCACGAAAGACAGCUUGACGGCGAAGUCAUACAUGGAGAUCUUUGCAGGACACAAAAGCGAGGCCCAGCCCCGCGCCCCGUCACCCCCCGUCGAGGAGCUUCUCCGCGAGUUCGCCCAGCCGCCGCCCCUGCACGCCCCCCAGCCCCAGCGCCCCGCCCCUCCUACGCAACGGCCCCCGCCGGUGGACACCUCCCGUGCCCCCCAAACCUCGGAGCCCUGGACCCGUUCCCCGACGAGCGCAAGCAUACACGCGUCUGAAAACUGGUUGCUGCGAGCCCCUCCCGGGUCGCAGGUCUUGUCCCCUAGCCGCGCCGUUGAGUCGGAGCGGAUGUCGCAGUCGGCGGCGGCGGGGCCAAGCGGCCGAGGGCUGCCACGUGGCGGCGUGAGGAGCGAGCUGAAGCCGAAGGACGAGUGGCACGCGUUCGAGCAGGGGCAGUUCAUGGCACUGAAAGCGAUCGAGGUUCUGAAGCAGCACAAUGGUCCGCCAGUCAUCAUUGGCAUAGGCGGCCCCAGCGGUUCCGGCAAGACGUCGCUGGCACACAAGCUGGCGGACAUUCUGCAGUGCAAGGUGGUGUCCCUGGAGCGCUACUACGCGGCGGACCGGGUCGCAAAUGAAAAUUUCGACGAGUUCUCCGCGCUCGACGUCGACAUGCUGAUCCAUAACUUGCAGGAGCUGCGGGAGGGUCGGCCAACUCACCUCCCGGUCUUCGACUUCGAGAAGAAGGAGCGGAAGGGCUUCGAAGACUUUAGUAUCGGACACGAGGGAGUGGUCGUCUUUGAGGGCAUGUAUACUCUGCAUCAACGAAUCAAGGCGUGCUUUGACGUCAGGAUAGCAGUGACUGGCGGCGUCAAGUUCUACUUGGUGCGGAAGGUGAUGCGCGACCUGGAGAAGAAGGGUGAAGCACCGCGCUGGGCCGAGGUCAUGGCCAAGGUCUUCCCCAUGUAUAGAAAGAUUGAGGCCGACUUCGUGCACGCACACCUCAAGAUCUCCAAUAAGUUCGACCCUGUACAUUCGCUGCUGGACCCGCUAUUCGUUCUGAAGAGCAGUAAACAGGUGGCCGUGUCCGCCAUUCAGCGGCAGCUGGACCCGGCCUCCGUCAAGGUGUCCACUCAGACGUACGAGGACAUCUUCCUGUACAUGUCGCACUCGCCCAAAGGGCCCACCGAGGGCGACUGGAUUCGCGUCCGCAAUUGCGGCGGGCGCUACUUCAUACUCGUACGGGAGCCCAUCCGCGAGGGCGACUUCAUUUUGCAGCCGCGCGUCGACUUCGACAUUAGUACCAAGACGAUGGGCGGCUUAUGCGACAUAGGCUAUGCAGCAGGCUUCAUCCUCCGAGUCACGGCGACCACAUUCCAGGACGACAGGUUAACCAUAGAAAUAGACACGCUCGAGAACAUAAGUGACAAGUACAUACAGAUCAAGGCCACCGAUAGGGACCUCGUCCAGCGAACCGGCUCCGCUCUCGGCCUCGACGGCUCGUACACAACCAAGCCGUUCCUGGACAUCAUUCACGAUUCGAGCCCGACCGCGUUUGCGGAGAGCAUCGACCUCAGCCGGAGCAGCUCGGCGGUGCACCUGCAGGAGGUGGUGCACCGGAACCGCCACAACCACGGCACCGAAGACGCCGGCACUGUGGCGGAGCAGAUCUCGGCCAUGCGGGCUGAGUUCCGCGACAUUCAGCGGCGCAUGGCACGCCAGGAGUGGAGCUCUUGGUGGACCGUAGGUAUGACUCUGAUAUUGGCGGCUGCUGUUGUGCGCUUGUACAUGUACCCUACACGCUUAAAGUCCAUGUAGGCGAGGACUGGGGACCCGAAUAGAAAACCGUUAGUUGAAAACUUGAGGUCACGGUCAUAGUAACCAGAGCACUAUCUCAAGGUCAUUUCACAAUCUGAAUACGGAAGCCGCAGGUUCUUUGAUUGAUCCACUUUAAACGCUAAAUUGGGCUAGUGGUAGGAACGGGAGGUAAUAUCUUUACGAGUUACCGGCAAGCCGGAUCAACGCAUCAGGCCAUUCAAGCUUUGUCCAUAUCUACCGCCUCGUUUGACCCGUCAGGCGAGAACUUCCAUUGUAUAGACUCAGGAUAGUAGAUAGUAGCUAGAUCGACAGUGGAGCGAAGCAACUACCCAGUUCGCUACGUGGUGUUACUCAUUUCGGAAUCAAUUGAUGGGGUUUUAGAAGCUCGAAAGUUAGACAUCAUUGGCGAGCUCGUGAGGCAGGACUCUACGAUCGGAUCAAACAGGUCAAAUUGUUCAUUGAGUCAUUAAGUGGAUCAUUCGUACUUGUACAAGAGACUCCAAUCCCAGGCCCAUACAGACCCCUUCAGAUUGUG